AUGGCCGACACAAUCUCAAUACUGGUCGCCACGGAUAACCAUGUCGGAGCUCAUGAGCGGGAUGCAAUCAGAGGCGAUGAUUCUUGGAAGACAUUCCAUGAGAUAUUAUGUUUGGCCAAAGAACGAGACGUCGACAUGGUCCUGCUGGCUGGUGAUCUUUUCCAUGACAACAAACCAUCGCGGAAAUCUAUGUACAAUGUCAUGCGAUCCCUCAGACUCAACUGUCUGGGUGAUAAACCCUGCGAGUUGGAGAUGCUGAGUGACGAGUCGGAACAUUUUGAUCCCACGUUUGACCAUGUCAACUAUGAGGAUGAGAACAUCAAUGUCGGCAUUCCUGUCUUUUCGAUUCAUGGCAAUCAUGACGAUCCGACCGGUCAUGGUCAUUUCGCUGCCCUUGACCUGCUGUCUGUCUCAGGCCUAUUGAAUUACUAUGGCAAAACUCCUCAGAGUGACAAUAUCUCCGUUAAACCAGUUUUGAUUCAAAAGGGCCGUACGAAGCUUGCGCUAUAUGGGUUAUCAAACGUACGAGAUGAACGUCUUUACCGCACAUUUCGUGAAGGUCACGUGGUUUUCCAUCGGCCAAGCACUCAGAUGAAGGAGUGGUACAAUUUGAUAUGCGUUCAUCAGAACCAUCAUGCUCAUACAGAGACUUCGCACCUUCCUGAGAACUUCCUCCCCGAAUUUCUGGAUCUGGUGAUCUGGGGUCAUGAACAUGAGUGCAUCAUCACACCACAACUAAACACAGAAAUGAACUUCCAAGUUAUGCAACCUGGCUCGUCUGUAGCCACAUCAUUGAUUCCAGGCGAAGCGGUUCCCAAACAUGUGGCAAUCGUGACCAUUACUGGACGAGAGAUGCAUUCAGAACCCAUUCGUCUUAAGACAGUACGGCCUUUCGUUUACAAGGACAUUGUGCUCAGUUCAGAUAAGGUUGCCGUCAAACUGGCAGAGAAGGACAAUCACCGAACCAAACUCACACAGCAUCUUAUCCAGAUGGUUGAAGACAUGAUCGAGGAAGCAAAAGCGGAUUGGUAUGAAGCGCAAGAAGGCCGACUGGAGGAAGGUGAUGAGCCCCCUGAGUGCCCCCUCCCUUUAAUUCGCCUUCGCGUGGAGACGAGUUCCGCGGAAGGAAGUGGCAAGUUUGAUGUCGAAAAUCCUCAGCGCUUCUCCAAUCGUUUCGUCGAUAGGGUUGCGAACACCAACGAUGUGAUCCAAUUCCAUGUGAGGAAGAAGAAUGCUACGGCGACAAGAACCGCGAAAGACAAGGAGCUGGCCAAUGAGAUCAUGGCUAAACUUGCAGAUGUUGAGACCAUCAGCAUUGACGACCUUGUUAAAGAAUUCCUGGAAGCUCAAUCCCUUACUAUCCUUCCUCAGAACUACUUCGGAGACGCGGUCAGCCAAUACGUUGACAAGGAUGACAAGCACGCAAUGGAGACGUUCGUGAACGAGUCGCUUGCGACUCAGAUCAAGUCCUUGGUCAAGUUACAAAAUGGUGAUAAUGAGGAGGAUGAGGAUGAGGAUGAUCUUGCCACUCAAAUCAAUGAGCAACGCGCAAGAAUGGAAGAAUUAUUCGCGGCAGGUGCCAUCAAGGCUAACAAAGCUAGAUUCAAGCCCAAGCCAGAGAAUUGGGAUAGCGAUCUGGACGGUGAAUGGGAGGCUCAGCCAGCGGCUCUGAUUCGCAACGACGAGGAUUUUGCAGACAUGGACGACAACGCUAGUGACGACGGAACUCCAGCACCUCGAGCAAGCACAUCCACCAGAGGUCGUGGUCGAGGCCGAGGUGCACGUGGAGCCCGUGGAGCAGCUACGGCAGCAUCUACCCGCAAGCCAGCAACGACGGCAGCAGCUAAGAAAACUUCAGCGGCUACCGCAUCACGAAGUCGAAAGCGUGCAGUUCCAUCCGAGGAAGACGAAGAGGAGGAGGACAUUGUCAUGUUCGACGACGAUAAAAUCGAGGCAGUCUCAGUGGAUCCGUCAGAGGAUGAGAACUCCCAAGCCAUGUUCUUUCCUGACAAGCGCAAGGCAGUCCCGAAAGCCACGACCAGCGGACGAGGUGCACGAACAACUGCAGCCUCGACUACGUCCAGCACACGAGGUCGCAACACGGCCGGUGCCCCAGCUCCUGCCGCAAAGAAACCUCCUGCUAGGGCUACUGCUGCAAGUCGGGCCAAGCAGUCGACAUUGAACUUCACGACAUCUCAAAACAGCAUUCUUGGGAAUGGAAGGGGCAGUGCGCGCAGUGCCAGGAGUGUGGCUGACGAUAUUGAGGAUGAUGACGACGACGAUGAAGAUGCAUUUGAGCCAGUUUCGUCUGUCAGAAAUCGGCGUUGA